AUGUUAAUGGUUGAGGCUGGUAACUGCGCGACGCGAGGAAAUACUGGUAAUCCGUCUAGUCCGGGAUCGAUUCCCCGCAGUCCAUCUUGCAGGGACCAUGGCUCGACAGACCGACCUAUUGGCUGGAGGAAGGUGAUAUCAAGGGCAAAGGUUGGGCGUGGCAAGUCUCUAGCAGCAGGGCAUGAGGCUCCGUCUCCAGAAAGUGAUAUGGAAUGGAUGCACUCUGUAGGUUGGCUCAUUCGGCGCAUGGAGCACCACGGAUUUGAACAGAUAAUCAUGGCCAUGCCUGUUGCGAAAAAGUUCAAGAAAUUCAUGACGCUAUAUCUGAAGCAUGCUCACAAGAAGAUCUUGGCUGUUAAUUUACAGCUUGACGUUCACAAAAAUCACUUCUGA